AUGGGAAACGCGCCUUCGAAGAAAGCGGGUUCGAAUGGAAUACUAGGGAAUUCGUCUUCCGCUUCGCUGGGGAAAGACGCCAACGACCAGGAUAAUGCCGAGAGCACAUCCACAUCCAAGUCGCUGCGUGGGUCUUUGAGGUCUAAGAUCGCAGGUUCGUCAAAGGACAAGGACAGGGAUAAUAGCAAUACUCUCAGUCCGUCUACAGCUGGUCCGGGUCUUCCCUUGGACAAGGGCGAUAGCGCUUCAAUCCGCUCUGCAAAGUCUCAACGUUCAACUUCAGUCCAACAAAACCAUGGUACACCUGUAUCCCCAGUUGCCGCCACACCAACGGGCGAGAAAUCCUCUACUCCACCGACCUCUCCGACGGACGAUUCAACAUUAGGUCCAACGUCGCCGGUUAGUGAAGGUGGUAAGGUUCCUUCUCCGCCUCCGUCUCCAUCUCAGAGUCGGUCCUUGGGUAAAGGCCACCACGCUUUGGACGAACCAACAGGAGAAGUCGGUAAGGUUUCGGAUAAGCCUGCUGGUCAAGCCGGUCCACACACGGCUACGGAUACGACUCAUCAGACUCCCAAGGAGCCCAUUCUAAUUAGACCUGCUGGAUCUCUGCCUGUUACUCUUGGAACUGAUAUCGCGGAGGAAAGCCCUGGAGGUCAUUCUCAAUUUGGAAUGUCAGCUUUAAAUCCCUUGGACCUCGAUGAAAUGAUCACUCGCCUGCUGGAUGCUGGUUACGCUGGAAAGGUCACCAAAACUGUCUGUCUCAAAAAUGCAGAGAUUACCGCAAUCUGCUCUGCUGCGCGUCAAGUGUUCCUUAGCCAGCCAUCUCUUAUUGAACUCAAGGCCCCAGUAAAGAUUGUUGGUGACGUCCAUGGCCAGUACACCGAUCUGCUAAGAAUGUUUGAAAUGUGUGGCUUUCCACCGAAUUCGAACUUUUUGUUCUUGGGGGAUUAUGUAGAUCGAGGGAAGCAGAGUCUUGAAACUAUUUUGUUGCUUCUAUGUUACAAGCUAAAGUAUCCGGAGAAUUUUUUCCUUCUCAGGGGAAACCAUGAAUGUGCUAACGUCACAAGAGUUUACGGUUUCUAUGAUGAAUGCAAACGUCGCUGCAAUGUCAAGAUUUGGAAGACUUUUGUCGAUACCUUCAACACGCUUCCGAUAGCUGCUGUUGUUGCGGGAAAGAUUUUCUGUGUCCAUGGAGGCUUAUCACCUUCUUUAUCUCAUAUGGACGACAUUCGUAAUAUAUCUCGACCAACUGAUGUACCCGACUAUGGCCUGCUGAACGACCUUCUCUGGUCCGACCCGGCUGACAUGCAGAACGACUGGGAAGAGAAUGAACGAGGAGUUAGUUACUGCUUCGGAAAGAAGGUCAUUCUCGAAUUCCUCCAGAGACAUGAUUUUGACUUAGUUUGUCGGGCCCACAUGGUUGUCGAGGAUGGCUACGAGUUCUUCAACGAUAGGACACUAGUCACGGUAUUUUCGGCUCCAAAUUACUGUGGAGAAUUCGACAACUGGGGCGCCGUUAUGUCUGUAUCCCCUGAGCUACUCUGCAGCUUCGAGCUUAUCAAGCCCUUGGAUUCCGCAGCGCUCAAGAGCCAUAUAAAGAAAGGUCGAAAUAAGAGAAAUUCGCUCUAUCCACAAUCUCCUCCUGUUACUCGAGGUCCACAAUCUUUCUAG